CCGCUCUCCAGCAGACGAACCUGAACAAAGAAAAGCAGAACAAAAUAUGUCCUCACUGUCUUGCUCAGUGGAAGGAGGUGAUAAUGGGAGCACCUCAAUGAUUGUGCCAGUGUGGAUAUCAGCAACUAAUACUCCUAACAAUGAGACUUUGGUGUAUGCGCUAUUAGAUACGCAAAGCACCCACACGUUUGUUGAUCAGGAAGUGUGUGAAAAGCUGCGGGCAGUAACAGAGCCAGUAAAACUAAAGCUCGCAACCAUGGUCAAAAGAGACAGUAUUGUGAAGAGUCAGAGAGUACAAGGACUUAAAGUCAGAGGAUUCUUCUCCAAUACAUCCAUUGACCUACCUCCAGCUUACACAAGAGACUUUAUUCCACUUGAGCGCACACACAUUCCUACAUGCCAAACCGCCAGCAAAUGGAAACAUCUUGCAAACAUUGCUCAAGACCUUCCUCCUCUAAUGGAUUGUGCAGUUGGAUUGCUGAUAGGCUAUGACUGCUCCAGAGCCCUAGCUCCCAGAGAGGUCAUCACUGGUGGCAGCAACGAGCCUUAUGCUGUAAGAACAGACCUAGGCUGGAGCAUUGUAGGAGGGGCACCGCAGUUUGUCAAUGCAAGAGAUGUAACUGGUCUGUGUCAUCGUGUAUCUGUGAAAGAGGUACCUCCUGUAACUCCAUCAGCAAUUAUUAAGGCACUUGAGUUAGAUUUUGCAGAUACCAGGUCAAAUGACAAUGAUAUAUCACAAGAUGAUAUUCAGUUCCUCCAAAUCUUAAAAGAAGGAAUUAAUCAGAAUGAGUAUGGUCAUCUUGAAAUGCCUCUUCCCUUUAAAGCACGCCCACAGCUCCCAAACAACAAAGCUCUUGCUCUUGUUCGUUUAAAGCACCUCAAAGGGAAACUGGACAGAGAUCCCAAGUUUAAAGGUGAUUAUGUAAAGUUCAUGGAAGGAGUUCUCAGAGAUGGUGAUGCUGAAAAAGUGGACACACAGCCAACAACAGGAAAUGUCUGGUACAUACCACACCAAGGCGUUUAUCACUCACGAAAGCUGGACAAGAUCAGGGUGGUAUUUGACUGCUCUGCAAAGUUUAAAGGGACAGCUUUAAACGAUCAUCUGCUAACAGGGCCUGAUCUCACAAAUGGACUGACAGGAGUACUGUGCCGUUUUCGCAAGCACCCCAUUGCAAUCAUGUGUGAUGUGGAGAAGAUGUUUCAUAGGUUCCCCGUCAACUCAGAGGACAGAGACUAUUUGAGGUUUCUCUGGUGGGAAAAUGGGAACACAGACUCAGAGCCCUCAGAAUACCGAAUGAAAGUCCACCUCUUUGGGGCAUCCUCAUCCCCUGGCUGUGCUAAUUAUGGUAUGAAACAUCUGGCCAAUGAAAAUGAAAAAGAGUACCAGUUAGCAGCUAACUUUGUCCAAAAGCAUUUCUACGUGGAUGAUGGCCUUGUAAGUAUGGAAACUGUUGGAGAGGCAACUGAGCUUGUGAAAGAGGCUCAGGCUUUGUGUGCCAAAGGAAAGCUGCACCUUCACAAGUUUCUCUCCAACAACAGAGAUGUUCUAGACUCAGUCGAUGUGGCAGAACGUGCAGCUGAGAUAAAAGAUGUUGACCUCAACUACAGUGACCUUCCAGUGCAACGAGUACUAGGUGUAAGGUGGAACGUAGAAAGUGACAACUUCUUCUUCCAAGUAACACUUGAGGAGAAACCACUGACACGGCGUGGUAUUCUCUCAGUUGUAGCAUCCCUCUACGACCCCUUAGGGUUCUUAUCCCCUUUCAUCUUGGAAGGGAAAAGAAUGUUGCAAGAAAUGUGUCAUAAGGGCAUUGGGUGGGAUGAUCCACUACCUACUGAACUGAAGCUAAGGUGGGAGAGUUGGAUAAAAGAUUUAGAAAAUCUCAGAAUGAUUCAGAUCCCCAGGUGCUUCAAGCCCACGAACUUCGGUGAAGUCCUGAGAGUUGAACUUCACCACUUCUCUGACGCAAGCAGUCAAGGAUAUGGACAGUGUUCCUACAUCAGAUUAGUGAGUGAACAUCAAGUACACUGCACUUUAGUCAUGGGCACUUGGCAGAGUUGUACGUGUACAUGAAGAUGAUGAUGGACUGGUUAGGAAAGUGACACUACAAGUUGGAGACAGAAAACUGGGGAAGAAGGGUGAACGCUUACAUAAGCCAUCUAUUAUUGAAAGACCCAUUCAAAAGUUGGUUGUUCUUGUAGAAAGUAGUUAAAGGGUAUAUCCCACUGUUAUUGUAUUUCUAAAUGUGUAAAGUUUGAGGAAAGUGUAUAUUUGGAAAUUACCAUUGAUUUAUUUGUAAGAAUAUUGUAAAAUGUAACAUUUACAUUGUAUAUCAAAGGUAAUUUGGUGGGAGUGUAGCUGACGCUAUGGUGGUCUGUGUGGGUUGCCGUAGUGACAGGAAGUAGGAAUAUGCUACGAGAUUUUAUUUGCUAAUUUUGGUUUAAUAAUGGCACAAUUAUUUUAUAACAAUAAGUUACAUGGCAUUUCAGUUAAUGUUUGUUUGUAAAAUUACCGGUGCUUAAAAGAAAACUAUAUUUGUAUUAAGUCAUGGAAAUGCAUGACCCGGAAGUGUGUGUUGUCAGUAGCGGGAGAGAACGGACACAAGAGAAGGCAGAGAGAAACGAAAUCGUCGAUAAAAGACUCAAAUCUACUAACGAUAUUCUACUACUGGUCAACAGGCGCACACGUUUUCACGGUGUUCCAGGUGUUCCAUUGAUGAUCCGUGCAUCGUUUAUGAUCUGUAAAAGAAAUAAAUGUCUGUGGACAUCAGUACGAAGCGUGAAGUCCUUUUGAGCAGACCAGAG